AUGGAUAUUAUUAAAAAGGGACCAGCUGACUAUGAGAAAAUACUCGGUAGUGGAGUACAAUUUACUGACCCAGACUUCAAAGCAAACCAAGACUCUAUUUACUGGAGUGACUAUCCAAGACCAAGUAGUGCAAGUUUAGCACCUAAGACUCCAUAUCUCCAAUGGUAUAGACCUAACCAGAAAUACGUUUCUUACCCACUUUUCAACUAAUGGGUAGGCGAAUACGAUAUUACUUAAGGCUCUGUAGGAGAUUGCUUUUGGCUAUCCCCAGCAUAGUCAAUGGCAUAAGAUCCAACUAGAAUCAAAGGCCUGUUCAUUAAUUAAGACUAUCCGAAGGAAGGCUUGCUAGCACUCAAGUUCUUCGUUAAAGGAAAACCAGAGAUAAUCACAAUUGACGAUCUACUACCGUUUUACAAUGGCUCUCCAUUUUUUACUAAAAGAGCUGAUGAUGGUGACUUCUGGAUGCCAUUCAUUGAAAAAGCAUUUGCAAAGCUUAACGGUAAUUAUGAGGCUAUAGGAGGAGGAUGGUAGUCUGAAUCAUUCAGAAUCUUAAAUGGAGCCCCUUCUAAGUUCUUUAUGAAUGCUAAUGUUGAUAGAUACUCUGCUUGGUCAAUUAUCUCUGAUGCACUAUCAAAGGGAAAUCUUGUUGGUGUUGAUACUUCAUCUAAUUAUAACUCAUAUUAUGGUCUCGCAACUGGUCAUGCACACACAGUGAUAGGGCAGUAUUUAUUGAAGGAUAUAUUUGGAAAUGUUUAGUAUAAACUUUAUCGCAUUAGAAAUCCAUGGGGCUCAGAUUCUUACACUGGACCCUGGAGUGAUAGCGAUUCUAGAUGGACUACUUAUUACAAAUCUUAGUUACCUUAUGCAAAUGAUAAUGAUGGCUAUUUCUAUAUAUCAGAUGAUGAUUUUGUUAAAGCUUUCUUCUAUUUCACUGUCAAUUACUUUAAAAAGGGCUGGAAAACUAGCUUUUAUGAGAGACUUGAUGAUGAUGGAUCAUAAUAGUCAUACACCUUUACAACCACUGUAGCAUAGGAAAUAUAUAUUGGAGCUGAUUUUUAUGAUGCUAGAAUGUAUGCAACUGGAUGCAGAAAUGGUCAAACAACCAAUGGUUUACUAUAACUUUUGAAAGGCACUACAGUCUUAGAUUAAGUAACUUUCUCUGAUUAAUUAGGAUAUGGAUUCUUGUAUUAGCCAAGCUUAGCUGCAGGAAACUACACUAUUAGAUUUAAACCAACAUGGAGUGCAUAUGAUGAGAAGGAUUAUACAGUUUCAGUUUACUCUGCCAAUCAAGUUAUGAUCUUCGAUGCCCAAGGCAAAACUAGCAAUACCACCUACAAUCUUAUGACCACUCUUUCAUAAGUAAUGUCAAAUCUGACUCCAUAUCCAUAUGAAAACGGUGGAUGGUACUUUGUAAGAAAGGGCUACGUAGGAUCAACUAAUAAUGAUACCUAUUUCUUUUAAUUCGGAGGUCAAACAAACCUGUACAACUUAAAUGCCACAGUCUCUUUUACUUCUUAUUCUUCAACUAUCUAUACACCUAAUUCAGGAACGGUAUAAAAGGUUAAGAACUCUGAUGGAACUAUAACAUACACUCAUUUGUGCUAAGUCUUGCCUAAACAAGCCAUCAAUGACUGCGAGUACAUCUUAGACGUUAAUAAUGGAGUAAAAUGGGCUUGGAACCUAGUAAGCUGGAAUUAUGCUUGA